UCAAAGCAUUUAAACUGUAUUUUCAGUUACUUAUUUUAAGAGUGCCAAAAAUUAUCGAUUUUUUGAACAGAACGCAAACAUUUUAAAGUGUUUUCUUUAAGAACGAUGGAUGUUUACUUAUUGACAUUCAUACAGAAUUAUGGCUGCCUCUAUCACUUGUUAUAUUAAAUUGAGAACAGAAUUUUCAAAGUUAUAUUGCACAAAUUCAGUUCUAUGUUACAAUCUUUUUAAGAGUAAAAACUGUUGUAAACUAUUUCACAAAUCUUUGUUGUAUUUAUCUAGAAGAUCAAAUUAUCGAGAUUUACGUUUUAAUCAGGUACGACAUUACAGUUAUAGAAAUAAUGGAGCUUCAAAAUCUUCUUUGUUUAGUAAGCUGAAAUCAGUAACAAGAAACGAUGCUCGACCUUGCUUCCAUCCCGGAGCGUCCACUCUUCUUGUAUCACAAGUUGGUAUUCCCUCGAAAGAGAUGCAGGGGUGGACGAUUGUCAAAAAGAUGUUCAACUACAUCUGGCCAAAAGAUAAACCAGAAAUAAGGAGAAGAGUUGUUCUCGCUUUAGGACUCUUAGUGGGGGCAAAGCUUCUCAAUAUUGAAGUGCCAUUUCUUUUCAAAUACGCUGUUGAUUACUUAAACUUGCAUGCUGGGCAAGGGCUCAAUAUUGAUACACCUUCAUCCACCAUUAUCACUGUUGCCACAGCUAUUAUUCUUGGCUAUGGAGUAGCAAGAGCAGGAUCUUCAUUAUUUAAUGAAUUAAGGAAUGCAGUUUUUGCCAAAGUAGCUCACGACUCAAUAAGAAGGGUUGCUAAAAGCGUUUUUCUUCAUCUUCAUAAUUUAGAUUUGAGUUUUCAUCUGUCACGUCAAACUGGUGCUUUGUCUAAAGCUAUUGAUAGAGGCACAAGAGGGAUUAACUUCGUCCUGUCAGCUUUAGUUUUUAAUGUUGUUCCUACAGCUUUUGAAGUUGCUCUUGUUAGCAGUAUUUUGUAUUAUAAAUGUGGUGGCAAAUUUGCUCUUGUUACACUUGGGUGUAUUGGUGGUUAUGCAGCCUUCACUUUGGCAGUUACUCAAUGGAGAACACAUUUCCGAAUUACCAUGAACAAAGCAGAAAAUGAAGCUGGUAACAAGGCUAUUGAUUCUUUGAUUAAUUAUGAAACUGUGAAGUACUUUAACAAUGAGCUUUAUGAAGCUGAGCAGUAUGAUAAAGCUUUGGCAAAAUUUGAAGCGGCUUCUCUAAAGACAACUACAAGUCUGGCCAUGUUAAAUUUUGGACAGAAUGCUAUAUUUAGCACAGCCUUAACAGUCAUCAUGGUCAUGGCCAGCAAUGGCAUUAUAGAUGGUACAAUGACUGUUGGUGAUUUAGUGAUGGUGAAUGGUCUCAUUUUCCAGUUGUCCCUCCCCCUCAACUUCUUAGGAUCUGUUUACAGGGAAAUCAGACAGUCACUCAUUGAUAUGCAAACCAUGUUUGCCAUUCUCAGUUUACAGGUUCCAGUUCAGAAGUCAUCAGAAAAUUUCUUUCAAAUUUCACCAAAGCAAGCAGAGGUUGUGUUUGAGAAUGUUGGCUUUCAGUAUGUUAAAGGGCAAAAUAUUUUAUCCGACUUGAGUUUCAGAGUACCUGCUGGAAAGAAAAUUGCCUUAGUUGGCGGCAGUGGCUCUGGGAAAUCAACAAUUGUGAGAUUAUUAUACAAGUUCUUUGAGCCUCAAAAUGGCAAAAUAUACGUAGCAGGGCAAAACAUCAAUGAAAUGGAUGUUAACGUUCUUCGCAAGGCAAUUGCUAUCGUACCUCAGGAUGCUGUUUUAUUUCAUAAUACAAUAAAAUACAAUCUUCACUACGGAGACUUUAGCAGAUCGGAAGAGGAUGUUUUUGAAGCUGCUAAAAUGGCGGAGCUACACGAUUCAAUUUUAAAGUGGCCUUAUCAGUAUGACACACAAGUCGGGGAACGGGGACUCAAAUUAUCUGGGGGUGAGAAACAAAGAGUAGCUAUAGCUCGAGCUAUUUUGAAAAAUUCUCCCAUUUUGAUUUUCGAUGAAGCAACUUCAGCUUUAGAUUCCAUUACAGAAGAGAAAAUACUGGCUGCACUUCAGAGGGCUGCUGAGGGUCGCACAACCAUUUGUAUAGCUCACAGACUUUCAACAGUGAUGAAUGCAGACGAAAUAUUUGUACUCGAUAAAGGGAAAGUGGUUGAGCGAGGAACACACAAGACUUUAAUUGCCAAUCGAAAUAGCCUCUAUUUUAAACUUUGGCAGAAACAACACCAGCUGCCUCCACAAUCUAGUCUUUAAUUUAUUCUGGUUAUUUAUUUCAUUGUACAUUGUUAAAACACUGUAAAUUUAACUUUAUAAAAUUACCAGGGUAUCCCAAUAUUCCCAAUAUAAAUAUUUAUUUUAAAAAUAAUCAUCAUCAGCUAUAAUUCAACAAAUUAAAAAAAAAAUAUUUAUAAUGAAAAUAAUAGUAAUUUUUAAACAAAGUGACGAAAAUGUUUAGUGACUUUUGUGUGUAUAAUUUAGAUGACUGUUGUAGCAGUGUAUGCAUUUUAAUUUUGUAUAUUGCUAAACACUAAAUUUAACUUGAUUUUGUCCCAGAAAUGUAUGCCUUUCUACACUAAUGUUUUUCAAUAUUUUACUUAAUAUAGCAGCUAUAUUUUUAAAUCAAUUAUUUAAAAUAUUUUAACAUACAUAAUAGUUUAAUAUUAUGUGUGAUAGUAACUGUACUCAAUACAUUAAAUUUUUUGUAUACUUUAUUACUAUAUAAAUAUUUUAUUAAUAUAAAAAAAAGAGGCAAGACUGAUUAAAAAGGUUCUGUUAUUAUUAUAGUGUAAUUAAUCUUUUACUAUUUAUGACAGAAUGUUGUACUAAAUCUGCUUCAAAACUACCAUUUUAUACAAAAUUAAUUUUAAUAGCUAAAUUAACCUUUUCAUGAAUGUUAUUGGUAUCUUUUAGUUAAGUUUAGAAAAUAGGGUUAAAAAUAGGGUACUAAAAAAAGGUUUCAUUUUUUUAAUUAAUUAAUUGUACUGCAUUAAAAAAAUAUUCUACAUUUUUAUGAAAAUUCCAGUUAAGAGUAAUUUUUCUUGCUUAAAAUUGCUUCAGAAUUCUACAAAUUGUUGCUCAAAGAAAAAAUUGCUGAUUCAAAAUACUAAACAUCCAAUUGAAAACCUGCCACUAAGUUAUCAGAGGGUAUGAUCCUGCUUUUUUGUUGGAACAUGGUGUUUAUAUUAGCAAUUGUUAUUUCCUUUCUAAUUCGAGUAAGCCUAGCCCAUCAAAUAUGACAAGAUUUUGUUUCCUACUUGGAUGAUGGGGACGAAACCAUGCUGAACAUAAACAAGCUAAUUACGCAACUAAGUUGCGAGAUACACUAAAUCAAAAUAAUCACGGUUACAUUGGAAUACAUAAACAAAUUAUAAAUCUAGAUUGAAUAUAAGAUGUCGACAAAAAAGAUUUAUAUUUUAACGAAUUCCAUAUCCAAUACAGCAUACUAAAUUUUUUCAUCUUAUUCAAACCUUUACGAAACAUUUCUUGUGACAUAACUGUGAAAUAUUAGCAUUUAAUAAAGUUGAAUUAAUCGCUUUUGCUGCAUUAAAAACUAACUUUGUUUCUAAUUAUGAUUCUGGGUAGCAUAAGAUCAUUCCAUUCAAACAUCUUAUUCAGAACUGCACCUAACAACCAGUCGCAUCUCUUAAUUUCUUUUUCUAUCAAUAACUUUGUUUAAUCUAUUAUUUAGCGAUUGAUCUUAUAACAGGGACUUUUGCUCAAAUUCACGAAGUCAAUCCAUCAUUAAUUUAACGGAAAUUUGAAUUUACCUUAAAAAUAUCUAUUGCUUAUAUAUGUCUUCCAUUGUUUGAGCAGGAGAAAAUUACACAUUUAAUUUAAAUUCUCAAAAAGGAGCAAUUUUAAAAAGAACAUUUUUUUUAAUUAACACAUUGUGCUUUUCGACCUAUGAAAUAAGAAUUUUUAGUAUUCCAAUUGUACUUUUAGUGAUCAAACUUCAAUUAGCAUUCAUUACUUAUUGUUAUAUCAUUAAAAAAAAAAAAGGCAUGUCAUUGUUUGUGAUGAUCGUAAAUUAUAACACCAAUUUAUACUGUUAUCAUUUUUGUUGUUUUUUAAUUGUUGAGAAAAUAAAAAUGAAUUAAAAUUGUUA